CUUAGACACAUUUUUUUUAAAAUUUUCUGCGAUUUUUAAACACAUGUAAUUGUUAAAACGUGGAACAAGUUCUUCAUUUAUUUUAAAAACAAGAACAUUUGCCAUAUUUUUUGUCAUUAAAUGGAUUCUAGAUAAAUUAAGAACUUAAUUUAUCAAAGAAAAAUUUACAAAAAUUCGAAUGAGUGUUGAAAUAAAUCGAAAGAAAUUAAUACUUCGCAGAAAAUACCCAAGUGAAUUUAUUGGCUCUUAACUUGUGGUCAACAGUUUUUCUUAACUGGUUUUUGCUUGUCUGUAUGUUUGCAAAUUGCACUUUAUGCCACAGAAAUUAUUUUUUGUUUCAAAGAAGAUAAAUAGAACUCGGAGAAGAGCACAGAAAUGAGACAUAAUUCGAACGCGCACAGAAACAGACAACGAUACCAACUUAUUCAAAUUCAUUCAUUACACAUGGAUUGAGAAGUCAGGUGCGAUACGAGCCAACGACGCGAUAUAAUAGCUAGUUCAUUCAUAUAAAAAUGUGCGAAACAAUGGAGAACAAAACUAUUAACGAUAAACGGUAAUGUUCCCGAUAAUAUAGUGGAGUGUUAAUAGAAAGAGUGAAAAAAGUGACUGUAUGAAACGUGGUCAAUAAGUGAGAAAAGGAUAAAACAAUUCAAUACAAAUUAAUAUAAUUUUUCGUAAAAACCUUAUACUUCGAUUGAUUUGAAAGUGUUUGAAAGCCGCCCAUCAAUGCGGAACGAAUCUCCAAAGUGAAUUACUAGAAACGAAAUGUACUGCCAUUAAAACGAAAGGAUUUCGAGUAAAACAAGAGAACAAAAUACACAGAGAAAAAGGGAAUCAACUAACGUCGAAACGAACAACUGCCAAUGUGCCAUUUCAGUAACGAAUAAAUUUAUAGCUAGCGUAGCUCUUAAGAAAGCAACAAAAAAGUCGAAGACACAAAAAAAGAUUCUUCUUUCGAAAACAAAUUCCACUGCCAAUCUUAAUCGAAAAAAUUCGCAGAACACAAUAAAAGUCCUGCAUUAUCUCUCUUGUAAAACACAAAAUAUACAGAGUAAUAAAUAUAUACAAAUAUGACGACUCGAUCAAGUCAGAAAUUAUCUUCAAAAUUGGCUGUAUUCAGUAUAGUUGCGUUGCUGUUAUUAUUAGUAUUUGUAUGGACAGCGGUGAGAAAUGGAGUAUUUUCAAAUGUAAAUGAUAUGAACCUACAUGGUUCGUACCGAUUACGGCUAAUCGAUUCAAGCAGUGACUCAACAACUACAUCAAUACCCAUUGAACAUUCAACGCAUCAUCAUUCACACGGACAUCACUCCCAUCAUCAUCACCAUAAACAUAAUGAAUCAACGUCUGCGUCUGGUGUUAAUUCAACAGAGUUUGGAAUUGACACAUCACAGACAACAUUAUCAUCGCAUCAUAAUCAUACAGAGAGCAAACAACAUCACGAAGCAGUGCCGAACGAAGCAGAUCUAACGGAGGUUGAUCAACUUGUAAAACCAUCAAAAGUCCAUGUGCAGCCAUUGCAUGCGGAUGAUCUACUCUAUGAAUCCACGAAAUAUGAACCGGACGCAGAUGUUGGAGGAAAAAUGCCUGAGCAUCGUAUAACCGGUCAAUACAGAAACAAAUCAAGCCUAAUUUGGGAUCCACAUCCUCAAUAUUUAAUCGAUGCAUUCGGUGUGCAUUUUCAUUUGAUUUUAUACCAGGACAGCAAUUUCAUUCCAAAACACUUGAAGAUUACACACGUUUGGAAUAAUGAAAUGGAACGUAAAAUCGAAGAUCUAAAAGAGCACGAACAAUUACGUAACUGUUUUUAUCGUGGACGCAUUCGAACGGAUGAUCGAUCUGCAGUUGCUGUCUCGUUAUGCGAUGGCAUGCGCGGUCACAUUUACACAUCAUCCGGGUCGUUUUUUAUUCAACCAAUUGAAAAAUACACAUUAGACAAUCAAAAUAUUCUCCACAAGAUUACGCGAGAAACUUUACCAAUUGAUAAAAUAAGCAUUGAUAAAUAUCAGAAUGGAAAGGUAUUUGUAGAUGAAAUUGGGUUACAUGAAGACGACGAUGUAAGCGAUGCGGGGAAGAUUGAAGAUGAAUUCAAUCAAGAAUUUGAAGAAGAGCCAGAAUCUAUUGACGGCAUUAUUGUAGAUGAAAGACCAUUUAGCAAUGGAAAUAAUGACGAACCCAUUGUCACAUGCAUCACAGACGAUGGAAAAAACUGUAGUGAGGAAAAUCAGGCGAGUGUUACUGAUAGUUUGAUUUCGACGACUGAAUUUAUUGGUAAUUCAGCAUUUAAUUUGUUUACGGAUUCAACACACAAGAUUGAAGAUAUCACGUUGCAAUCGACUGAAGUGACUGAAACUGCAACCGAUUUUGAAACAACAACUACCACCACAACACAACCCCGUUCAUCACGCCGAAAGCGACACAUCAACUUUCCCGGGAGUAAUUCAGAGAACAAUGCCUAUACCAUGGAAGUGAUGGUUGCUAUUGAUCGUAAAAUGCAUGAAUAUCAUGGCAAUAAUAUACAAGCUUAUGUUUUGACGCUAAUGUCAAUUGUUUCAAAUAUCUAUGCGGAUGCUAGCAUUGGAAAUUCAAUUAACGUCGCUGUCGUUCACAUUUUUUAUCUCAGAGAUGACUUGCACAUUGAAUCUAAUCACAAUGGUGUAUCCGCUUCACAAAUGUUAUCAAGAUUUUGUAAAUUCGUGCAACAUCAUCAGUUUCAUCAUGACACCGCUCUCCUUUUAACAAGGGAACAAAUUUGUCGAAAUGCAAAUCAAAAGAAGUGCGAUACCCUUGGGUUAGCUGAGCUGGGCACCAUGUGUCGACCAUCAUCGUGUGCUAUUGUUCAAGACAAUGGACUGUCGGCCGCUUUUACUAUCGCUCAUGAACUGGGACAUGUAUUGAGUAUGCCUCAUGACGAUGAUGUCAAAUGUGCUCGAUUUCGCAAUGAAGAUGGUAGCAGUUCGCAGCAUAUCAUGGCACGAAUGUUAGACGAUAAUACACACCCCUGGUCGUGGUCAGCAUGUUCACGUCAUUAUGUCACAGAGUAUUUAGAGCAUAACCGUGGCUUUUGUAUGUUGAAUAAACCGCGAAACGACAUGAUCGAAACAUCACCGCAAAUAUUGGCCGGCGAAAAAUUCCCAGCAGAUCAGCAAUGUGAAUUGGCUUUCGGGCCAAAUACCAAAGUUUGCCCGUUUUCAAUCACUGUUAGUAUUUUAGGUCAAAAAGUUGAUCAGCCACCAUGUGUUUCAUUAUGGUGCGGUAGUGAUAAUGAAGGAUGUAAGACACAGCAUCUUCCAUGGGCAGAUGGUACUGAAUGUGGCACUGGUCAUUGGUGUCAACACGGAAAAUGUGUACCGCGAAAUAGAAAAGCAUUGACUAAAGUAGAUGGUGGCUGGGGCCCGUGGAAUCAGUUUGAUCAAUGCAGUAGAACGUGCGGAGGUGGUGUUCAAUCCUCAACUCGUGAGUGCAAUUCACCUGCACCAACCAAUGGUGGAAAAUAUUGUAUUGGAACGCGAAUCAAGUAUAGAUCAUGUAACAUUCACGAUUGCCCUCCAGACACGUUAGAUUUUCGUGAACAACAAUGUGCCGAAAUGAACAACAAUAAUUUUGGCAUUCAAGGUUUAGAUGCAAAUGUGAGAUGGGUGCCAAAAUAUGGUCAAUCAACACAUGAUGAAUGUAAAUUAUACUGUCGUGUUGAGAAAUCUAACAAUUAUUUCUUAUUAAAUGAUAAGGUGAAAGAUGGGACCUCUUGCAGUCAUGAGAGUUUCAAUAAAUGUGUCAAUGGUAUAUGCCGCCCGGCUGGUUGUAACAAUCAAUUAGAUUCGGAUGCAAAAUUGGAUAAAUGCGGUGUUUGCAAUGGCAACAAUGAUACAUGUAUCGAUAUUGUUGGCAAUUUCCAGCCAGAACAAAUUGAAAAAGCAAAAGAAUACAGUAAAACUCCAUAUUAUUAUCAUGUUACUGUCGUACCAAAAGGAGCAUCCAAUAUUGAAAUCCUUCAGCCGGGCUAUUCGGACGAUCUCAAUUAUAUCGCUUUAAUGGACGAUCAAGGUGAAUAUAUUUUAAAUGGAUAUAAUGUUAUCACGCAAUAUCCAAUAAUUUUCCCCUAUGGUGGAAUAACAUUUGAAUACACUGGAACAAAUUCGACAUUGGAAAAAGUGAACACAACAUUCGCACGGCGUUUAAAACGUGAUUUAACUAUUGAGAUUUUAUCACGAAGUGACAAUUUCGUAACGAAUGAAUUGAUUCGAUUUUCAUACACAAUGGAUUUGAAUGAAACACGAAAUACACAUGUCAAUUUCUAUCCAUAUAAUUACAAUCAAAAUCCAGAUUCAAGAACGAAUCAUCAAACUUCAGGACACCAACAUCCAUCACAAAAUGGGAAAUUACAGUACAAAUGGGAAAUGUCACAAUGGAGUGAAUGCAACAGUUUAUGUGAUGGUGAACAAUUCCGAACUGCUGCUUGUAUACAAAUUGAUACGAGUCGUCACGUGGCUACUUCAUUGUGUCGAGAAGCAAAACCAGAAGACGAAUACCAAGCCUGCAAUGUUGGAUGCGUUGUUGAGUGGGAAAUUCAGCGAUCAAAGUGCUCCGCGGAAUGUGGCGAUGGGGUUCAACAACUAUCGUAUUCGUGUAUACAAACAUUCCCACAAUUGAAUCAUCGCAAAGUUGUCGAUGAUUCACAUUGUCCAACCAGUCAAAAGAGCAAACUAUAUGAAAAGUGUAUAGGUUCAUGCCCUUCAGCCACGUGGACGUAUGAGGAUUUUGGACAGUGUUCAAAAAUAUGCAACAGUGGAAUACAAAGUCGAACAGCAUAUUGCACUUCACAUCAUCGUGGUCAUAUCAUUGAUGAAAAAUAUUGUGCGCAUAUACCGAAAGAGAGUUUAGAACGAGCUUGCAAUACACACGAUUGUCCGAAAUGGCAAUUUGGUGAUGAGUCAGCGUGUACGGUAACGUCAGGAUGCUCAGGAUAUAAAACUCGUAGAGUUAUUUGUGUGCAAAAUAACAAAGUAAUCAGUGCAAAUGAGUGUGAUGCUCAAACGAAGCCAAAAGAUAUGUACAGUAGUUGCCAGAUGGAUCCAUGUUGGAGAAAGAAUUCCACCCCAACUCCAGUAUUAUAUUCCAGAGAUUUUCCAAAAAUUAUGACUAGUUAUAGCAAUAAAGUUGAUGUUGGUGGCAAACCGCAGGUGACAACAUACCGCACAACACCAACGCAGAGAAAAGGUUAUUCAGCCACAACAACUACAACACAAUCACCGGUGACAGCAGUGGCAAUAACUACUACAACCAUGCCAAGAAAUCCAUAUCCACAGCAAAGACCAAGCUAUAGGUUUAUUUGGCGAACAAGUCGUUGGUCCCCAUGCUCAGCUACAUGUGAUGGAGGCUUCCGAGUUCGAGCUGUUCGUUGCGUAAGUGAGUCUACAAAUCAAGUUAUUGAUGAUCGUUAUUGUGUAGAAGAGAAGCCAGUGAACAUAACAAAUUGCGCACAACAGCGUUGCCCAAAAUGGCGAACUGGCGAUUGGGGCCAGUGUAAUGAUAACUGCAAGCAAUACCGUCAAGUGGUUUGCCAAGAUGAUCGACAUCAUGCUAAUAUAACAAACUGUCCGUUGAACACUCGACCACAAAGCAUACAAGAAUGCUGUCAAUUCAAAUGGAGAAAUAUAUGGACACCGUGUUCUGCUGAAUGUGGUAAUGGUACUCGUAGUCGACAACGUGUUUGUAUGCGAUUAUAUUCACGAAUUCAACAAGAUAAGAAUCAAGUGCGUAAAAAGGGCCAACCAGUGAGCGAACGCUAUUGUCAACAUAUGAAACAACCACCAUUUAUACCAAAAAUGAAAGCUUGCCGUAAACAAGCGUGUGCAUCACCAAAAUGGGAAGUUACUUCUUGGUCAAGGUGCUCAGUUGGCUGUGGUACUGGAGGAUACUCAACGCGAGAAAUCAAAUGUAUGCUCAGUGGAACAAAAGUAAAUGAAUUGAUGUGCAGAAAUCAACAGAAGCCAACAGCCACACAACAUUGUGAGACUACAUCAGAAUGUAAAUGGAAAGCUGGCCCGUGGAAACCGUGCUCAUGCAGCGGUUAUACGAAGCGAAGAGUUCAAUGUUUUGAUAUGAGAUUGAAUCGUCAAUCGAAUAGUUGUCCAGAUAUUAAUAAACCUGAGCAGAAAAAACGAUGUGAUCAGCCUGCAACUUGUACGUGUAAGGGACUACAAAAGACUCAUUGGGUACAUACAGAUGGUGAUUAUAUGUUAACAGUUCGUGGUCGAAAAGUUCAAAUUUAUUGCCAUCGUAUGAAUUCCACAAAUCCGCAGGAGUAUAUUUCAUUAAGAGAUGACCGAGAAAACUAUUCCCUAUACUUCGAUCGUCGUUCCCGAAAUAAAGAUGAGUGUUUGAUAAAUGAGUCUGAUCACUGGGUUGAUUCUACAAUUGCAUCUGGUUUGACAUAUUUCUCGAAAGUACGGAUUGAUUUGCAUUCGCUUCAAGUUAUAACCGAUGACUUUACAUUUGCUCGUACCAGUGGCAGACGUCAGCAGCCAUUUGCUUCAGCUGGUGACUGUUUUUCAACGACUCGACGAUGCCCUCGUGGUGCCUUUUCGAUUAAUUUGGAAAAUACAAAAUUUCGCAUAAGGCCAAGGACACGAUGGGAAACACGAGGAAUGAAUGUCAUUCAGCAUUUCUAUGGAUUUGAACCACCAUAUCAGAAGGUUACAUCUUCAUGUGGUGGUUAUUGUGGUAGCUGUUUCCCGUCUCGAGAUACCGGUCUGCAUUUGGAAGUCAUUUAAAGUACAAUAUUUGGAACCAGAGAAAGUAUUUGCAUAUUUUUUUGCAUUAGAUACUAAAACUGGUGAUUUAGUCAAAAAGGAUUUUUGAUAUUUUUGCUAAUGAGGAGUCGAUAAAAGUGUCGUGAUUAAAUUAAUUUAAAAAAACAAUACUGUGGAUAUUCUCAUUCAACACCCAAAAUGCCUUGCACGCAACUAAGUUUCGCUGAUUUAAACAUUUAUUUUUUUCGUACAAAUUACAUGAAAAAUCGCAUUUUAAUCGUUCUUUUAUAGUCAAAGUGACGCUGCAUUAAUAUGCAUCAGAAAUCGUAAUCAUUCAAGCAGUGUACAAAUGUAAAACGAAGGCCAUAUUAGCUCAUUUCCUCGUAUCUAGUUCAUUCAAUCAUCAAUUUAUUUGCCAUAAAUAUAAUUAUAACAACAAAAACAAUUAAAGCAACAAAAGAAAACUUUAACUUGUUACAUCAACUCAUUUCCUUUCCUCCUAAGGUUCUCAAGAAUCAUUUAUUUUUGUUUCAAACAAAAUUUACACACAGAAACUAUGAUCAGAGAAAUCGUCGAUAGCAACAUAUGUAUUUUUUGUAUUGUAAUUAUUUUAUUUUUCAAACUUUUAGUCUUCAUGUUAUUAUUAAUUUUUUUUAUUCUCGUAUAAUUUAAUUUUUUAAUUUUAAUUUGAUUGAUAAAUUGUAAGCUUUUUCUACUAAAAAUUUCGAUGUAUUGCAAUGUAUGUGGCACAUCUUAUAUCUCAUAUUUUUUUUGUUUUAUAAAAUUUCAGACUAAGUUAUAUGAGAGUUUUUUUUUUAAUGAUGCCAAACCGAUAGCAUUACACGCAUUUUUAGUGUGUAUAUAUAUAUUGCCUGAGAUAUAUUAUCUUAUCUAAAUAAAAUAAAAAAAAUGUAAAUGUAAAAGAUCGAAGAAAAAUAAAUAAAUGUGAAAUUAUUUGAAACUCA